CAGUAUUUAUGGGCAGCAGCAGCAGCAGCAGCAGCUCCUCUACUCUGCAGCUGGGAGGCAGGAGGAGAUCUUUCUCCUUCUCUGAGCUUUACUCCGGCAGGAGGAUUUUCUACAGCAGAGCCGCAGCUGGAUCCUCCCAGCAUAACCGAUCUGGUCUGAGGUGAAGCAGAGCAGACCCGGCUCUCCCUGCCAAGGACACAGAAUCACAUCUGCAUUUUUCUGCCUCCGCCAUGCAGCUCUCUGCUCACGUCCUCUUCCUGUCAGGCCUGCUUUUCUCUCUAAUCCAUCACUGCUUCUCCCAAAACAACGGAGACGUUGUUAUUACGCAUAACGGCGCCGUUCGAGGCGCGCAGUUUCCGGUGCCGGACGGGAGCUACAUCACCGCCUUCCUCGGCAUCCCCUUCGCCGAGCCGCCUCUGGGCAAGCGGCGCUUCCGGCCCCCUGAGCCCAAGCGCAGAUGGACGGGGGUCCUGGAGGCUAACGCCUACCCCAACGCCUGCUUCCAGUAUGUGGACACCACGUAUCCCGGUUUCCACGGCACCGAGAUGUGGAAUCCUAACAGAGACAUGAGCGAGGACUGCCUGUACCUAAACGUCUGGGUGCCUUCCUCACCCAGACCCCACAACCUCUCAGUGAUGGUGUGGAUCUACGGUGGAGGGUUCUACAGUGGCUCCUCUUCACUGGAUGUGUACGACGGUCGUUACCUCGCCCACACUGAGACGGUCAUCGUGGUCUCCAUGAACUACCGCAUCGGGGCCUUCGGUUUCCUGGCCCUUCACGGCUCCUCAGAGGCUCCUGGAAACGUCGGCCUGCUUGACCAGAGGCUGGCGCUUCAGUGGGUGCAAGAAAACAUCCAUUUUUUUGGUGGAAACCCCAAACAGGUGACCAUUUUCGGUGAGAGCGCCGGUGGUGCUUCGGUCGGAUUCCACCUGUUGUCUCCAGACAGCAGACCUUUUUUCACAAGGGCCAUCCUUCAAAGCGGAGUCCCCAACUGUCCCUGGGCGUCCGUCAGCCCGGCGGAGGCCAGGAGACGCGCCACGGUUCUGGCAAAGCUUGUUGGCUGCAAUGGAGGCAAUGACACCGAGCUGGUGGACUGUCUGCGUAAUAAAACUCCUCAGGAGCUGAUCGACCAAGAAUGGCUGGUUCUGCCAUGGUCAGCCCUUUUCCGGUUCUCAUUCGUACCAGUGGUGGACGGGGAAGUUCUGCCCGACACUCCGGAAGCCAUGCUGAACUCCGGCAAUUUUAAAGACACCCAGAUUCUGCUGGGUGUCAAUCAAGACGAGGGCUCCUACUUCCUGCUGUAUGGAGCGCCGGGAUUCAGCAAGGACAACGAGAGCCUCAUUUCCAAAGAGGACUUCCUCGAAGGAGUGAGACUGAGCGUUCCACAUGCUAACGACAUCGGCCUGGAGGCUGUGGUGCUGCAAUACACCGACUGGAUGGACGAGAACAACGGCGUGAAGAACCGAGACGCCAUGGACGACAUCGUGGGCGAUCAUAACGUCAUUUGCCCGCUGGCCCAUUUCGCUCGUUCAUAUGCGCAACAGCACACGCUAAAGACCAACGCGGGCGUGAUGAACGGCCCUGGGAACUCGCAGGGAGGGGUGUACCUCUACCUGUUCGAUCACAGGGCCUCCAACAUAGCCUGGCCGGAGUGGAUGGGCGUGAUCCACGGCUACGAGAUCGAGUUCGUCUUUGGGUUGCCCCUGGAGAAGAGACUCAAUUACACCACAGAGGAGAAGAACCUGAGCCGACGCAUGAUGAAGUACUGGGCCAACUUUGCACGGACCGGGAAUCCUAACGACGGGCUGCUGGACAGUCGAAAACGCUGGCCUCUGUUUACUGUCAACGAGCAGAAACACGUAACCAUCAACACAGAACCACUAAAAAUCCACAAAGGUUUGCGCAACCAGAUGUGUGCCUUCUGGAAUCGCUUCCUGCCACGCCUUCUGAACAUCACAGGUAACAUCGACGAGGCGGAGCGUCAGUGGAAGAUGGAGUUCCACCGCUGGUCGUCCUACAUGAUGCACUGGAAGAGUCAGUUUGACCACUACAGCAAGCAGGAGCGCUGCACCGAGCUCUGAGAGA